AUGGUUCUGGCAAGCGCUGCCGACACCUUCUCAGCAUCUCACGCCCUCAUCUCGGCUUCGUCCGCUUUCGUCAUGUCUUCUGCCGUCAUUUCGGGCUCAGCAGCCCAGCCAGGCCCAUUCAGCGUCCCCCGCGCGAGUCAGCAGUCGCUUUGGCAACGGAGACUCGACUCAAGGGGACCAUCCUCGCCGUCGAUCGAACCAGCCAGCGUGAUGUCUUCACCGUCGGUCGGAUCAGGUCCUGUGGAUGGCAUGUUUGUCUUCCCGUCCUUGACAGAGGCACUGCAUAAUCGCAAGCAGAUGAAGCGGCGGCCGCCGAGCUCGCUCAAGCUCGUUGAUCGCUCGUCAAGCACUACUUUCGCACUUGGGCCAGCCACAGCGGCACCAGCCUUCUCAGGCAGGCCGAACUUGAAUCCGGUCGGCUUGCUCAACCUGGAGCAGACAUUCCACUCGCUUCCCAACACGCCGACAUCUCUCCUGCCUCCUUCCAGUGGUCCAGGCUUUCCGUCUCCUUUCUCAGUACCACACGCGCUCCCUCCUUCCCCUGCUAGCAUAUCGAAACAGUUCGCGGAGCAGGUGCCUCAUUCAUCAUCAUCACCUCCAGAAAAGUCGCCGCAGUUCUCGCCUACUUUCUCACGGUCUUCGACCUUCGCCUCCUCAGUGAUGUCUAGGCCAGCACCCAAGCAAGAUAUCAAUCACCAUGCCGCGCAAGUAGCCACAGAAGUAGCUCUUUCGGCUCUCGAUCUUGAAGAUCUGACAGAUGGCUUCGAAAAAGAGUUACAAAUUGUGGAUGCUCAGCUUCGACUCCCCAUCCCUUCGUCCCGACGUCGCUCCGUCCCAGUGGGCGACAAGAAUAAUAUGCUCGUCUGGGACCCGAUGGCCGAGCGAAGAGCCAGCGCCGACCACGCAUUGUCAGAAGACCUUAUGCCCAGCUCGGAGCCUGCCGACGGUUCGCUAGGUGAGACGGACGAGGCACCGCGUCGGAAGGGUAGGGCUCGGAUGAGUCAAGAAAAGCGCCGCAGGUUGGCGCGCCGGAGGGAACGCGAGGCAGCCUCGGCCCUGCAAGCAUCCGCCUCGGCUGGGGUGCCGCUUCACCAAGCUUACGAUUACGUCGUUCCUCGUUCAGCACCACCUUACGUCACUACGUUCGAUUCGCGCAUGGGCACCGUCGAUGAACCCAAGCCUCGCUCGCCAUCCAUGCCGUGGUCGCCGACGACGGUCUGGGCACCGCCGUGUACAUCUUCUGCCUCUCAAAAGCAUUUCUCUGGAGAAAGACCGAUGCAGGCCCGCCCCAGCAUGGACUCGUUCCGCGCCAUGCAUUUCAACAAUGCCAGCUCACCUUCUCUUGCCCAUGCUCCCACGCCGGAAGCAUUCAGUCAGAGCCCGCUCGAUUUUGACUGGGCAUACUCCAGCCCAGCACCAUCUCUGAGCCCGUCGGGCAGCUCGGUGUCGUCGCCGUUCGACAAGGCCUUCGAACAUGCUUCCGUCACAGGCCACGGCGCUCAGCAGCGCCAUCUGCCUCAGCACAACAGUGCGAGCACGCUCCGGGCUCUGGACCUUGAUGCGUCCUACUCUUCGGCUUCCGCUUGGACGCCGGCUCCGCCGCCUCGCGUUCGCGUCGUCAUCCAGCCGCCGACGCCACAGGAUGCCGCGGCAGUCGCUGGCAAGCUUGGCAGCCUGGCCGCCACUGCCAGUGGCGAGAGCGACAUCCGGUCUGCCAAGCGGCUGUCGCAGAUCUUGUCGCCGUCGCCCGAGCCAAUUGCAGAGCAUGAAGAGAGUUUCUUUGCGGCGCGUGCCAUGUCAGACAGGCUCCGGCCGUCGCUAUACUGA